AUGAAACUGUUAAUACCUCUUGCUAUUUUGUGUUGUAUAAUAUCAUUUUUUGAUACCUAUGAAUUUGGGAAUCAAGAAUGUUUCAGAAGAUCAUUUGAUAUUUUUAUUAACGAUCAGUUUGUUACUUUGUGUGGAUGGGGGAUUGUUGGUUUAUUUGAAGUUAUUCUUGAUAUUAUAAUUUUUGUUUCAAUACUUUUUGAUUACUCCCCCUUUUUUAGACGGUUAUUAUCAUUACUUUUAUUAUCCCAAGUCUUUAUAAAAUUUUAUAUUAUUAUCGCGGUUAAUCAAAAAAAAAAUUUUGUUGUUAUAUAUUUCAUUCUUGCCUCUUUACUUCAUUUUCUUUAUGCAGUUGCCUCUUUACUUUAUUCAAAACAUUCUAAACAAGAAGAGAAAAUAGAACUACGGUUUUCAAAUGUCAGAAUCCCAGGAAGUUGUAAAAGUAAACCAAAAACUAUUACCCCAAAGCCUGAAUGUAAUAAGACUAAGACAAUCAAAAUUUCUACACAUGCCAAAGAAAGUAUUUCUGCACUUGCCAAACAAAUUGAACAACUUAAUAAAGAAGCUGAAGAAAAACAUCGUUUAAAAAACCGCAAUAUAUCUCAGUCUGAAGUUAUUGUGAAACCUCAACAACAAGAAAAGAAACAACUACCUGUUAAUCAAAAGGAACAAAUUGAAGAAUUACUAAAUGAAGAAACGACAUUGAUUAAUGUUCCUAAAAGAAGAAUUACAAAGAAAAAGGUUCACCAAGCUACAAAAGUUAUUGGGGACGUUAAAACACAAAAAGAAACACAAGAAAAGAAAGAAGUAAUCAAUUUGGAAAGUAAUAGAACAAAAAUUUCACUUAAUGAAGUUCUUCAAGCUAAGAGUCAUUUAAAGUCGACAAAAAAAUAA